AUGGAACGGCCGCACGGCUUCUUCGCCGCGCUCAAGCACGAGGUGGCGCGCGGCCUCUCGCCGGCCAGGCCGCGCCGGAGGCCGGAUUCCGCCGACCUCGACGCCGCGCUCAGGUUCUCCGGGGGGCCGGGCGGCGAGAUGCUGGCGCCGCUCAUGGAGGGGCCCGAUCCGGAGUCCGGCGACGGCGCCGGCGCCGCCUGGGCGGCCGCGGGCGGCAGGAGGGAGGGCUGGGGCCGCUGGGUCCGCGGCCAGCUCGCGCGCGCGCCCUCCUCCGUCGCCGCCGCGGCCGCCGGCGCCGGCGCCGCCCGCAACGACCUCCGCCUCCUCCUCGGCGUCAUGGGCGCGCCGCUCGCGCCCGUCCAUGUCUGCGCCGCUGAGCCGCUGCCGCACCUCAGCAUUAAGGACACGCCCAUCGAGACCUCGUCGGCGCAGUACAUCCUGCAGCAGUACCUGGCGGCCUCCGGCGGGCAGAGGCUGCUCUCCUCCGUGCGCAACACCUACGUCAUGGGCAAGGUGCGCAUGGUGGCCACCGAGUUCGAGAACGCCGGCAGACUCGUCAAGAACCGCAAUGCCGCCCGCUGCGCCGAGCCGGGCCGCUUCGUGCUCUGGCAGAUGGCUCCCGAGAUGUGGUACAUCGAACUGGCCGUCGGCGGGAGCAAGGUGCAUGCGGGCUGCAAUGGCAAGCUCGUGUGGCGCCAUACACCGUGGCUCGGCUCCCAUGCCGCCAAGGGCCCUGUUCGCCCGCUCCGUCGUGCUCUUCAGGGCUUGGAUCCACUGACGGCAGCGAGCAUGUUCGCCGGCGCACGGUGCAUCGGGGAGAGGAAGGUGAACGGGGAGGACUGCUUCAUUCUCAAGCUCUGCACCGACCCUGAGACCCUCAAGGCGCGGACCGAGGGCCUCGCGGAGAUCAUCAGGCAUGUCAUGUUCGGGUACUUCAGCCAGAGGACUGGCCUUCUCGUCCACAUUGAGGACUCGCACCUGACACGGAUUCAGUCAACAACCGGCGGGGAUGCGGUCUACUGGGAGACUACCAUCAAUUCCUUCAUCGAGGACUACCGGCCGGUGGAUGGUAUCAUGAUUGCGCACUCUGGGCGCUCGGCUGUGACCCUCUUCCGUUUCGGCGAGGUGGCCAUGAGCCACACCAAGACUCGGAUGGAGGAGGCAUGGAGCAUUGAGGAGGUGGCGUUCAAUGUCCCUGGGCUGUCCAUGGAUUGCUUCAUCCCACCCACCGAUAUCAAGUCUGGAUCUGUUUGUGAAGCUGUCGAGCUUCCUCAUGGCGAGAAGAACAAGUUUGGUCCUCCCCCUGGUCACCGUGCCAAAGUUGCUGCACUGGAGAAGGCAGAUGAUGAUAAACUAGCAUGGAGGGGAACCAUACCCGAAGAUCAUCACUGAUUUUCAUUAGCCUGUUCAGUUCAUACUUGCUUCUUUCAUUGCAGUUGACUGAUGAAUGUAGUGUAGGAGAGAAACAGGUCAAGGGAGGAUUUCGAUUUUGGGAUUUCCAGAUGACCUCAGUGUAUAGGAAGCAGCAUGGGGCAUUCACAAGGUCUUGAAUAUCCUUGAGGAGCUUCUGUGUGAAGAGUCAUUUCUAAUCUCAGUAUGUCACCAAGAGAGAUGGGAGUAGGUAAACCUUGUUUGCUAUUUCAGACUUUUUGUCAGUAUAUCAUGUGGAAGAACUUGGUGCGUCCACCUAACAGAGGUCAUCGCUGGUGGUGCCUGUUUGUGCUCCUUUAGCAAUACUAAUUAGUCACCGGGGUCAGCGGGGAAGAAGCAUUUCCUCGUCGGUAGCCGACAGUGUUUUUUAGCAUUUCUGUCAUUUACAUCCAAUUGGCCAUUCAGUUUGCUGUGCUUGGUGAUGGUUCCCGGCCAAGCUAACAUAUGAGAAAAGUAUAGCUUCUGUAUGGUUGUUACCUAUUUAGGUUUCAUUUGUUCCUGAACCUGCUUCCUUCGCAUCUCUGUUAUUUUUCCCUGAGAAGAUGAAGGUUGUAUUCAACAGAAAAGCUUGUUGUAAUCCAAAGACAUCUAAUGAGUGGACUGGUUUUGCGA